AUGAAACUUAAUUCGUAAGUCAGCCCUGUUGGAUCCCCGAUAAAAACCACUUUGUUCGAGAAAUCGAAUGCCAUGUCGAUCGCGAGAAACGCACACUUGCUUCUUCCUCCUCUCUUCCUUGGCAAUUCAGGAGAGAAGAGCUGAAAUUAGUAGAUCCAGAGAUCUGAGCUUGGCGCUUCUUCAAUUAUGUAGAUCUCUUAGGUUCGGCGAUGCAUCCAUUAGCAUUGGAAUUUUCAGAUUUAGAUUCAAUUCAGAUUCUUCUGUGAUUGAUUCAGAGCCCGGUGCUUUUGCAAUUGAUAAGUUCGUACUGCUGACUGAAUUUUCGGUUGUGCUUGCAGCUUCUAUUGUAACCAAGUCUGGGAAAGCUGUUCAUGAAGUAUGGGCUAUUGAAGUGGGUGUAUCUGUAUUGCCAUUUGUGAUAGAGGCUAUUGGUAGUGGAAGUGAAACAUUCCAGUUUCUGGUUGUGUUAACAGUUCUUUGUUUCUGUCCAGUUCUUGUCUCCAGGCAGUUUGUGGACAUGUCUCGUAUACGGAUUGAAGGUCUUCUGGCUGCAUUCCCCAAGUUGGUGGGUACAGGAAAGCAACAUACAUAUGUUGAGACUGAGAAUGUGCGCUAUGUGUACCAGCCAAUUGAGCUUAUGUACUUACUGCUGGUGACAAAUAAGCAGAGCAACAUUCUUGAAGAUCUUGAGACUCUUCGACUCCUCUCUAAGCUGGUACCCGAGUAUGCUAUGUCUCUUGAUGAAGAGGGUAUUUGCAAGACAGCUUUCGAGUUGAUUUUUGCAUUUGAUGAGGUCAUCUCUCUUGGGCACAAGGACAAUGUAACUGUUGCCCAGGUGAAGCAGUACUGUGAGAUGGAGAGUCAUGAAGAGAAAUUGCACAAGCUGGUGCUUCAGAGCAAGAUCAAUGAAACCAAGGAUGUCAUGAAGCGAAAAGCUAGUGAGAUUGACAAAAGCAAGCUUGAAAAGAAUCGGGGCGAGAAGGGAGGAUUCAUGUCUCUACAAUCAAUGGGCUCUGGAAGAGUCGAGAGUAGCUUCAAUGAUAUGAGUCUUUCUAGCAGUGGGAGUGGUUUUGGAAGUGGUUCUGGGUUUGGAUUGAACACUGAUGUUGACUCGUUCUCUAGCAAGUCAAAAGGUCGUCCACCCUCAUCUGCUACUGCACCCGCUAAAGGUCUUGGCAUGCAACUUGGUAAAACUCAAAGGACAAACCAGUUUUUGGAGUCUCUGAAGGCAGAAGGUGAAGUCAUCAAUGAAGAUGUGCAACCGAGCACAGGUCAAGUAAGAGCUGUUGCAGCACCACUAACUGACCCGAUCACUCUUACUGUUGAAGAGAAGCUGAAUGUUACACUGAAACGGGAUGGUGGAAUCAGCAACUUUGAUGUUCAAGGACAAUUGUCACUUCAGAUUCUUAACCAGGAAGAUGGGCUGAUCCAAGUUCAGAUUGAAACUAGCCGGAACCAAGGUGUCAUUUUCAAGACUCAUCCGAAUAUGAACAAGGAACUAUUUGCAAAUGAAAAUAUUCUGGGCUUGAAGGACCCAAAUAGGCCUUUUCCUACUGGUCAAACUGUCAACUGCUGGCCCUCUGUGUCUGGAAAUGAGACAUAUGUCAGCAUUGAAUAUGAAUCUUCGUCCGCCUUUGAUCUGCAGAAUGUGUUAAUCUCAGUUCCUCUUCCAGCUCUAAGAGAGGCACCACGUGUCAGGCAGGUUGAUGGAGAGUGGAGGUUUGAUUCCCGAAAUUCGGUUUUGGAAUGGUCUAUUCUUCUUAUCGAUAAUUCGAACCGCAGUGGAUCAAUGGAGUUCGUUGUACCCCCAGCAGAUGCAUCGGCUUUCUUCCCCAUUUCUGUCCGAUUUUCAGCUGCUAGCACAUACAGUGAUGUGAAGGUUGCCACUGUCAUUCCUCUCAGAGGCGGAGCUCCUCCAAAAUUCUCUCAGAGGACGCAGUUGAUUACGGAGAAUUACCAAGUAGGACAUCCGAGAAAGACAGAAACAAUGGGGUCAAAAAAGACCGACCCUUUUCAACUGGGGAAGAGCCCCUCCAUCAAGUCAUGCUUCCCUGAUACAAAAUCAACGGAUGGUUCUGAGUACAAAUCUGAUCAGAGGUCUUCCCUCCACUUCAGAUCAUAUUCUUGUGAUGUGAGGGAUCUCUCUCUCCCAAACUUUUCUCCCAUGUCUUCCCUAGAUCGCUCAGCCAAUCUAGUCAUGUAUGAUAACGCACUCUACUCCAAUAAUCGGAACCCAAACUUGGAGCCCUCGAGUUCCCCUUUCUCAGGAGUGCGGCGAAGCCUAGACAUUCAGCUGCCUCGUGCUUCGCCUGCUCGGACCUCCGGGGAUCGUAAGGUGGCUGGGUUCCACCCUGUCUUGACGUUGCAGGCCUCAAAUGAGAAUUCGGCUUUAGAUAUGAAUGCUCCAACAGAUAUGAAAUAUGAAGGAGCCAAGUUAGGGGAGAAAAGAUUCAAGGGCCAUCAAAGACAUGUUCCGCUUUACCUAGCUGCACUUAAAGGCGAUUGGAGAACGGCCAAGGCUUACCUGCAGUGGCACCCCACAGCUAUUCGCGCUUACAUCACGAGGGGGCUAGAAACUGCACUUCACAUUGCAGCUGGUGCAAGGCACACUGUGUUUGUUAGAAAGCUGGUUAAGAAGAUGACAGUAGAUGACUUGGCUCUGCAGAACAAGGUAGGGAAUACAGCCCUGUGUUUCGCUGCGGUUGCUGGUAUCACAGAGACAGCAAAAGUGUUGGUGAACAAGAACAGAAGCUUGCCGCUAGUUAGAGGCAGUAAAGGAGCAACGCCUCUCUAUAUGGCUGUGCUUUUGGGGAAAAGAGAUAUGGCUUGGUAUCUCUACACUGUUACAGAGGACAAUGCUCUUUCUGGAGAGGAUCGAAUCGGACUUCUUGUUGCUGCUAUCACAUCUGAUCUAUUUGAUGUAGCUUUGGUUCUGCUCCGUGACCAUCCAGAAUUAGCUACAGCUCGAGAUGCAAACGGUGAAUCAGCUCUUCAUGUGUUGUGCCGAAAGCCAGGAGCAUUUUACAGUGGAACUCAAUUGAGCCUUUGGAGGAGAUGCAUCUACUCAUGUAUCCAGGUGCCGUUUAUGGGGUCCUCUGGUUCUAUACAAGAUGCUCGUCUAGCCCGACGCAUUCUCCAAGUCCCGGAUGCUACUCUGAUAUACAACAUGAAGCUGAGUCACACAGAAGCCCUUGAGCUGGCAAAGCGACUUUGGGAUCUGGUAUUGCAUCUAGACAACGCGAGUGUUAAAGAGUUCAUCAGAACACCCACACAGUUACUUUUCACAGCUACAGAGGCCGGAAUGGUAGAGUUCUUAACCAUUCUGAUUCGGUCUUACCCCGACCUGAUUUGGAAGGUUGACGAACAUUCUAGAAGCAUAUUCCACCUGGCGGUGGUGCAUCGACAAGAAAAGGUCUUCACUCUUAUCAAUGAGAUAGGGGCACUCAAGGAUUUUAUAGCUAUUUAUAAGGAUGAAGAGAACAAUAACAUGUUGCAUUUGGCUGGGAAGCUUCCCCAUCCAAGUCGACUGAACACGGACAAUGGUGCAGCUUUGCAGCUGCGACGUGAAAUAUUAUGGUUCAAGGAAGUGGAGAAAAUUGUGCAACCGCUGUAUACCGAGAUGAAGAAUGCAGAUGGGAAGACUCCUCACGAUCUGUUUGCAACAGAACACAAGAAACUGGCAAGAGAUGGGGAGAAGUGGAUGAAGGAAACUGCAUCUUCUUGCAUGGUCGUCGCAACACUCAUCACCACCAUGAUGUUUGCAGCGGCUUUCACCGUCCCCGGUGGAAACGACCAGGAGACGGGCAUGCCACUAUACCUCCACACCAAGUCGUUCUUGUUCUUUGCUAUAUCAGAUGCACUUGCCUUGGUCUCUUCGGCAACAUCCAUCUUGAUAUUCCUUUCCAUGCUGACCUCGCGAUACGCUGAAGAGGACUUCCUCUCGUCACUACCAAACAAGCUGCUCACUGGGCUUCUCACCCUUUUCAUCUCCAUCGCCACCAUGAUGAUGGCCUUCAGUUCCACCCUCUUUAUGACCCUUGGAUAUGGGUAUACCUGGACUACUGUGACCAUCACAGCUGUUGCUUGUGUCCCUGUCACAAUGUACGCUUUCCUGCAAUUUCAUCUCGUAGCUGACAUCGUUAGUCAUUCUUAUACCACCAGUCUCUUCCUGCAUCCUAAAAACUGUUUGCUGGGCUGAAAAGAGAACUAUAAGCACCAUUUUCGAGCAUCACAUCAAAUAUGGCCAUCACAGUAAAGGUUUAUACCCUGUAUAUAGCAAUUUUGAUUUGAUACAAGUACAUAGAUUAUAGGCACAAAUUCAGCAUUUUCAUAGCGUUCCUCUUCCUUUCUUUGCUCCAACAAACAACAAGCUUUUGAACACAAGAAACUGUGAGAUUCCUUUAAGCUCUGAUUCUCUUUCUGCAAGUAAGCUUAAUUCUAUGUUCUUUCUAAUCCAAGCUUCCAUCUUGUCCUAAAAUUUUUAGCCUAUAAGCUCUGUAGUCUAGUAAAAACUACUUACUUCCUUCCAACCUUCCAUCUUCUACAGCUCCUUUUUGGCUUCUAGUUCCUCACUUUCUUCUACAGCUUUACCUCCUCCGAUGUCAGCCACAGAUUGCUGAUCAUUUCGCUUGGACACAAUCUGCCCCACCUUAGCAUAUUUCUCAACGAACUUGUCCUCCCAAUCCUGAAGAACUUCAAGCUCGGAGGCGCCGAGGCCUUCAAGAUCCGCCGUCAGAUCACGAGGGUCAAAUGACAAGAGCGCCAAAGCUCUCGCCGCUUCUCUACCGGCGAAGAUUCCGUACGGACCCCCUGGCCCGUAGAACAUCCUGGAGCGGGAAACGUCGUAAAUCUGGCCCUGGAUUGCCAUCAGAAGUGGCUUACUUGGAUCGGAGCCGUUGUAAGCUCGCAGUUCUUCCUCGGUGACAUCCCCCAGCUGGACCGGAUCGGAAACCGGCGGAGGGUCCGUCAGGCUCGGAGGGAGGACGCCGACGCCGUUGACGGUAGGGGGAGUGUUGAACUCCUCCGGUCCGACGAACAUGCCGCACACCGUCUUGUAGACCAUCACCGAGAGAGCUAGGAUGGUGAAGAAAGCAGCCGGCGAGAGGCCGGUGUAGGCGUGGAUGGCAUCCAUCAAAGCUGCGUAGAACCCCAUUUGGCUUCUUUGCUUCUAACCGGCGAAUAGUGUGCUUUCGGAUGGGUCGCCGGCGAGGGAGGUCAAGGGUGUGAAAAACACGAAUCAAAUACGAAUGAGCUGAGGAAGUAGGUAGAUCCGAUUCGUGGAGCCUCGUUAAGCAAGAGAACGUGCGGAUGGGUGGUAAAGAUCACCUACCACCGGUAGGCUCAGCUUCGGUAAGUGACAUUAGACAUGUCAACCUCUCAGCAAUGGAGUUUUGCAAGUU